UCUCUUUGGUUGUUUCAUUGAGAUAAUCAGUUAAUGUUCAACAAUGAUUAUCAACGUUCUUGUUGAUAAUAACAGAAUUGUUAUUUUUUCAUCAUCAUCACUCUAAUCAUGGAUUUAGAGCUUGCAAUAUGUUAUACACUUAUAAGAAUUGGAAUACCGAUUUUGCUUCUUUUCGCUGUUUGUAUUCGUCAGAAUUUACUAUCUGGCAUCUAUUUAAUCUUCCUACUGGUUGGACCUUAUCUUCCAUAUUCUAGUGGCAGAAGCUUAACUAAAGGCCAUGUUGGAAUUUAUUUGAAAAUCUUAAUUGUUGUCUCAUCGAUAAUUUGUGUGGGUCAAGUUGUCUUCCAAAUUGUUUUACUUGUUUCACCAGCUGAGUAUCGGUCAACUUUAGAUUACUGCUCUUCCCAUGGUUUUCUUUUAAAUUCAAUUGGUUUAAAUCGUUUGGAUGAUGUUUCCAUUUUUGAGAUUUUACGUCUUAUUGGAUUAGAUUUUGUCGUCUUCUUUUUUUCAGCCUCUGUCUUCCUUGUCACCGAAAAUAUUUACGAAAAAUGGGCUGAUCGAUUAGCAGCUAGACGGGCUGGUCAUCAUCGUGAAUCAAAUUCUCAGCUUCGUCAGAAUGCAAAUGAAAACGAACAUCGUAUUGUGGGGGGUGGUGAUGGUGAUUCAAACGAUGAAAUCUCUCCCGUUCAAGGGUCAAGUACAACUACUGGACCAUCAACUUCCCAAACAACCAGUACAAUUUGUGAAAGUCGUAUAUUAAACGAUCGUGAUUCUACAAUCGAUGGUACCACAGAUGUAAAGGAUAUCCAAAGAAUUGAAAGAUACCGUUUACGUCGACAAAAAGCUUUGGAAACCAUCAAAUUAAUCUCAGAAGUUAUUUUUGUGAUUCUUUUAUGUGGAGCAGGGAUACUCAAUCCAUCACUUUCCUCAUCAAUUUAUUUCAUCAGUUUCUUAUCAAUUGUUACCUUAGUUUCUUGUAACAAAAAAUUAGGCAACCUUUUCGUUAAAUUUAAACUCUUCUUGUGUUUUGUUUUAAUAUGUCACCUUACUGCUCUCUUCCUCUACCAAAUGGAUUGGUUCCGUAUUCAUCUUCCUGAAACUUCAUUAGGAAUCAGACUAUUUGGAUUGCGACCUUACAUUAAAGUUAAUUGUACAACCGCUCGAGAAUUACACUUCGAAAAUCUCAAUUGGAACAUAUAUGCACACCCGUUUUUCCUCGUUAUUCUUUACGUACUCGCUGGUUCCUUCGUUCGAGCGGAAAUUUUCCACCGGACAAAAAUAGUCCGAUGUAAAGCUCGUUGUUUAACCAUCAGUUCACCAAUGACCCUUGCAAUUAAUUGUGAUUUACAACAAACUUCACCCAGUGAAUUAAUCUCCAUGAACUUUAUCAAACACAAUUUCAAUUUUCUAAACACUAACAACAAACACCCUUCAAUCAACACAAUCUAUUCCGAUAACUCACAUAUUAAUAUUGAUAAACUUAAUGAUCUGGUUGAAGAAGAGUCGGAAGUUGUUGGAUACACGAUGCCUUUGCACGAUCUUGCUCCUUUUAAGACUGAAUCAACACCACUACUCUCUGGAACUGAACCUAAACGAUAUCAAGCUCUUCAUGAACAACCUUCAGCUCCCAUAACUGGAUUAGAAAUGGAUCCACAUGGUAGUCUAACCUGGAGAAAUGAUGUUACCGAUGGAGUUAGUGUUACAAGUAGUAAUCAGAAAGCUAAUCAAGCCACUAAUCCAACAUCUCCUAAUCCAACGACUGUUGAUCGAUCUCAACGUUGGGCACCAAUUCUUUAUUUAAUGAAUCUAAUUAAACGUGGAAGCUACGCUUUAACCUUAAUCGUUAUGAUGACAUGGAGUAUAACCUACCAUAGUUGGCUUGGAUUUACGCUUCUUCUUUGGUCUUGCGUUAUAUGGAUGAUGCCAAAUUCCCGUCAAGCUUGUCUCAAGUCCUCAUUCUGUCUCGUUAUUUAUGCCAUUUUACUCCUUCUAUCACAAUACAUAUUCAGUUUGGACUUGAGAGAAGACGAAUUGCCCCAAUUUAUUGGUACAAUUAAUCUUAAUGAGAUUGGAUUGAAAAAAUAUUUCGAUAUGUCCUACAAACCAUUAGCAUUGAAGACAAUUUUUACUUGUAUGUUUUGGAUCACUUUACGUCAAUAUAGUGAAGAACGUGCUUUAUCUCGAUGGAAUCAGGAUAGAGAUCGAUCUUUGAGUACAAAUCGUGGAAGUCAAGGUCGACCAUCAUUCCAGCGUCAUAUGAGCCUUGCCAGUGCUGUUUUACCGCAAGUUAGCCCAACUUUGCUCAUACUGUCCAAUUUUAUUCGUGGACUUUUCAUCAAAUAUUGGAUCUGGGUUGUUGCCACCAUGCUAAUGAUCAUGUCACUUGGAGGUGAUCGAGUUGUCAUUUAUCGUAUUGUUUAUAUGUCACUUUUUCUUAGCUUCAUUUUUAUCUUUCAAUUGUCAUUCAGAUUAUGGCGCAAGUUUAUGUACCCUUUCUGGCUCGUUGUGAUUAUCUAUUCGAUGACAGUUCUCAUCGCUAUUUAUACUUAUCAAUUUCAACAUUUUGCUCGAUAUUGGCAAGACUAUUUUAGAAUAAGCAAAGAGAUGCAAGAAGCUUUAGGACUGAAAUUAUAUGGAGCAGAUCCUUGGGUACUUUUUAAAGAGCUUUUUACUCCGACAUUUUUUUUAAUCAUCACCAUCAUCCAACUAAGAUUUUGGCAUAAAGAUUUCUUAUUGUUCACUCGAUGUGAUCUGUUUACCGAAAGACGCGAGGAAAGUUAUACAACUUCCAGUAGUGCUCCAACUGCAGGACCAAGUACUUCAAUAUCCGCAUCAACUACUACUCGAGAUAUUAAAAUUGACAUGGAUUCUUCUGAUAUAACGGUUACUACUACCACUAAAUACACUCCAUCACAAGCGGGAACUAGUCAAACUACGAGUUCAACUAAGAAAUCUGGUAAAACUACAAGUCGAACCACGACCACUAUCAGAGGAUCAGCUGAUGGAAUUGAGAGUCUUUUAAAACCAGAAUCGAAAAAGAAACGAAUCCCUCGUUUGUCUGUUAGCUUUUUAUCCUCUAAACUUCGAUCUUUCAAAGAGAACAUUGCCCCAGGGAUGAAAUUCUGUCAUCAACUAAUGUGGAGAUUAUUGGAAAUUCACUUGAUGAAAGUUGUUUUAUUAGUGUCAAUCAUCGCAGCUCUCAACGAGGUUUCUCUUGCAAAUGUUGCAUUUGUAAUAUUUAUCUCCAUUGCAAUUCCGUUGACACAUUUUGAAAAAUUUGUCUCUUAUUUAAUCGGGUCUUGGGCCUCCGUUUUAAUCCUCACAAAAAUGGUCUAUCAAUUACCCACCGUUAACUCAUCAACUGCUUGGAUAUCAAACUGUUCAUUAGACACUUCGGACAAUUCAACCUUUCCCGUUCCAAAUCCAAUUGAUAAUAGGCUUUACUUGGGUUUCAAAGAGGUUGAAAAUGAUCAAGUAUUUAACUACAUAAAGCUCGAUCUAUUUGUAACUCUAAUGUUAACUGUUAACUCAAUUGUUUGUAUUCGUCAACAAAUUCAUCGUCAACGAAAAAAUAUCAAGCCAUUACCUCUUGGAAUUGCUCUUGUUGGAGUGAAAAGACAAGAUGCUGAGAAUGGUUUCUUUGGUCUCUCUCGAUAUUUAAUCAACUAUUGUUUUUACAAAUUCGGACUCGAAUUGACCUGUUUUGUGAUUGUUAUCGCCAUUCAGGGUCGUCAAGAUAUUGUCAGUUGUUUCUACGCCAUUUCCCUUAUAACUUUCACAAUGUGCCCCAGAAGAGUUAUCAAUCGACUUUGGCCUUACUUUUUAGGAUUUCUUUGUAUCUUUGUUCCAAUUGAGUAUAUAUCAUGUGUCGGUUUACCUCCAGGAUUUUGUUUCAAUUAUCCAUGGAAAAUGUCACCUUAUUUCUCAAUUUGUCGAGAAUGGCUUUUCUUACCUGAUUUUAUCAAACCUCCAAAUGCUCAAAAGUUAUUCUACGAUUUCUUUGUGCUACUUUUAUCAGGUCGACAAUAUCUUGUCUUUAAGAUUGAAAGACGUCCCGAUUCAUCAAAUUACGAUGGAGGAGAUAAUAUUGAUCUUGGUUCUGAAGAAUGUUCCCAUGUUCCUGAUUUCGAAGAUUUUUUCACCUUUACACAUACAAUUUACGAUCAUAUGAGAUCACUUUUUUAUACAACCUUUGUAUGGAUCACACUAGCAGUCGUUUUUCUUACUGCAAUGACUCCUGAUAAUCUUUUCGGGGUUGGAUAUAUUAUCGGUUGUUUCAUUUUCCUAUGGAUGGGAAGUGAUAUUUAUCUUCGUCAGCAAAGAAACAUCGUUUUAGCCUGGAAAAUAUUAGUAUUUUACAAUCUAUUUGUCAUUUUAUCUAAAACAAUACUUCAGAUUGUUGGCUGUUCUUUCCAAAAAGAGUUAUUAACUAAUUACUGUUGGGCAGUUAAAUUAAUGGGAAUCGUUUGUAAUGCCGGAAUAUUGGAACCGACUGCUCGAUAUUCUUGUAUUAUUGAUUCGAUGGAUAAAGUUCAACUCACUAUGGACUGUCUUUGCUUCUGUUUCCUUAUCGUCCAAAAGCGGAUUUUCAGUAGUCAUUAUUUUAAGUUCCUGGUUAAAGAAAUUUGGGCUCAAACCACCUUGGCUUCUCGAGGAGCUCAACUUAUCCAUGAAGUUCAACUAAAAGAAGUUCGUGAACAAGAAAAUGCCGAAAGAGAAGUCAUGGAAAAGAUCAAAGCCAAAAUGGAUCGCAUUCGCGCCAAUCAACAAGCAUCUUUAGGAGCUAAACAAGACAAAAUCAAAUAUCAUUAUCAAGCAAUCAAAUCUGGAGAUUAUUAUAUGUUUGAUGAACCAGAUCUUGAAGUGAUUGAUUUCAAUGAAAAAACUCGACGUCCACAAAUACCUGAUCCUGUCGGUGAUGAACUCGAUCGUAUUUCAAGUCUUCAUGGUGUUACUGCAUUUUUCAGUACUCUGAUUAAAGGGCAAUCCACUCAGUCAGAGAUUGAACAAAGAAGAAAAGCUGAAGAUAUAACCGAUGUUGGUGAAUCAAGUAAAGACUCAGCAAUUAUAUCAGCUGAUAGAGAACCAGAAACCGAUCAUGAAUCAUCAGCAACAACUCAAUACUCUUCAUUACCUCCAACGACCAUUCCAGAAUCCCCUGAAUCUGAAGGAUCAUCAACACUAUCAAUUGCAUCGGAAAGUAAAAAGCUUCCCAUUGAUGAUGAAAAAUCUGAAGAAACGGAAUCAGAAGCAGCUUCUGAUGAUGGACAAUGUGAAUCUAUUAUAAGAAAAAUUGAAUGGUGGUGUAAAUUAAUUUCCUUAUUUUUCAAAAGUUGUGUCAUUAGUAUGACCGCUAAAUUGAAUUCAGUGUCUCGAGAUUAUCGAUUUGUGUCUCGACGAUUAGCCAUUGAAAGGAAAGCACUCAAAAGAUUAAUUAUUGAUGAUGAUUACGAUCGUGAUCCAGAUUUAAAGAGAGAAACAUUGGAAUUAAUCAGUAAAGCCUCUUACACUGAUCUUAAUCGUAUAAGUAAUUCACCUCGGCCGGUUCUCAUUAGGGAAGAGUUUUUCCUCACGAUUGUACCACGAGAAGACCAUGAGGCCCCCAGUGAGGAUAAACUGACCACCCCGGAUCCAUUUUUAGAAGCCAAUUUUUUUGUUCGUUUUCUUUGGUCACUUUUUUAUGCUGUCAUUUCACACUCUGAGUUCCUAUGCUAUUUACUGGUCAUUCUUAAUCAACUAAUCAACGCUAGUCUCCUUUCUAUGCCUUUACCAUUGAUGGUCUUUCUUUGGGGCUGCCUUUCAGUCCCUCGUCCUACUCGAACUUUCUGGCUUUAUGUAAUCACUUAUACUGAGUUGGUUAUUAUAACCAAAUACAUGUUCUCUUUCAAAGUUUGGUCAUGGAUGUCCGGUCCAGCUGAUGAUGACCCUUUCUGGCCUCCAAGAAUGUUCGGUGUUGCCGAUAUUGAUCCGGUCACUCAUCAAAUUAGGGAAGGAAGUAAAUCAAAAAUGGAUCUAUUGUUACUUUUAGCUCUAUUCUUUCAUCGGUUUAUGUUAAAGAGUCUUGGACUUUGGGAUCUUGAUGAAAAUUAUGAGUUUGGCAAAGAUUCAACUAAAAAUCGGGAAGUUGCUUCGGCUUCUGGUGCAAGUCGAGAUGAAUUAUCGAAAGAGCCAAAAAUUGCCCGCACUAAAGGUCGUAAAGGAAGUGAAACUUAUUUGCGACGUCGGAAUAUCGAAGAUUUGUCUCAUACUGAUGGUAAUAUACGAUAUCAAGAUAGUGAUCCUUUGACACCUUCAGAUGACAAAGAGAUCGAAAUGGUUCAAAAACUAAUCGAAGCGAGUGAGAACAUGCACAAAAAAUGCUGGGCCUCAGUUUCACCAAUCAGACAAUUUAUGAGACGCAUAUUAUCACCUCCUUUCCGAAUAGCAAAAGAUUACUAUGCAAUGAUGUUUUUCUGUGAUUUUAUUAAUUUCUUCACUGUUUGGUUUGGAUACAGUUCUUUUGGAACAAGUCCUGGAGUUGGUGAUAUUACAACUUACUUGCAAGAGAAUCGAGUUCCAAUGCCUUUCUUGUUUAUGUUACUCUUUCAAUUUGGCUUAAUUAUUAUUGAUCGUGGUUUAUAUCUGCGAAAAGACACCAAGAAAAGAUUAAUAUUCCAUAUAGUCAUUUCCAUUGCAAUGCAUAUCUUCCUGUUCCUUGCUCUACCUGCGAUUACUCGUCGUUCAUUCAUCAGUCCCGACAACAAUGCACCUAAAUUAUGGUACAUUUGUAAAUCGAUUUAUCUUCUUCUCUCUGCUUGGCAAGUCAAAAGUGGUUAUCCGACUCGUAUAUUGGGAAAUUGUUUCACUAAAAAAUACACUUUUGUCAAUUCAUCUCUGUUUAUGCUUUACAUGAUGGUGCCUUUCCUUUACGAUAUGCGGCUGAUGAUGGAUUGGAUGUGGACUGACACCAGUCUUGGUCUAAAUGAAUGGGCCAUCAUGGAAGAUAUUAAUAAACAAUUGUUUGAACGAAAAUGUGAAUUGACAUUUGAGGAAAAUUUCCCUGAACCCGGUGCAAUAUCCCGAAGACGAGUCCCCAAAUAUAUUCGAGGAGGUGCUUACCUUUUACUAAUGAUUGGGGCAAUUUGGUUUCCGUUAUUUAUUUUCGCUCUCAGUGGAACCAUCGGUCAACCCAAUAAACCUUCAGACUUUGCUAUUGAAAUUGAAUUCUCUGGUUAUCAGCCCAUUUUUAAAAUGAGCUCAACCAAUGAUGCCUUAGAACCUUUUGAUUCACUAACUUAUAACGCUCUCGAACUAGAGUGUACCAAACAUGGUUGGGUUGGUGGACAAAAUUUACUCUCAACUUAUGGCUAUGCCGAUGCUGUAAAGGCCAAAAUCAAUGGAAACUCGACAGCAGUUUGGGGAAUUAGUCCACCAAGUCAACGUCAGUUAAUUGCUAAAUUACAAUCCAAUGAUACAUUGUUGGUUAAAAUUACAUAUACAGUUACUCGAACCGCAGAAAAAGCAAAGACUCAAAAUUUAGAUCCAAGUAUUUAUGAUUCUCAUUCAAUUGAAAUAACCAAAGAUGAAAUUGAUCUAAGAAAUGCAUUAAUAGAGAUGCUUCGUCAGCCAGAGGAUCCCGAUGAUAUGAAUUAUUAUUCUAAAAAAUAUGAACCAGCAAUUCUGAGGCAAAUUUUUCCUAAUUACAUUAAAGCACCCGAAUCAGGGUCACCUGAGGUAUUGGUAGAUUUUGGACAAACUUAUCGUGAUGUAGAAAUUGUCUUGCGAAAAGGUCGUUUCGAAAAUGGAUCAAUAACUCAAUGGUGGGAAAUAUCAGAAGUUAAUUGUAGUGAUGACAGUCCAUUCGCUUAUUUUAACGAUGCUGGUGAACAUUGUCGCUAUUUAACAAGUGUCAUCUUCAGUGACAAAAUAUUCCCUGGUCCGUUAUUACAACUCAUUUCUGGCCAUGGAAUCUUUGGUCUUUAUACAACCUUUGUUUUCGUUGUCUCUCGAAUUAUUCGUAGCUUCUUCGCCGAUUUGUGUACCAAAGUGAUCUACACUCAGAUGCCCUGUGUGGACAGGGUUCUUCAGUUGUGUCUCGAUAUUUACCUUGUUCGAGAAAGUAGAGAAUUUGGUUUGGAAGAAGAUCUUUAUGCGAAAUUAAUAUUCCUCUAUCGAUCUCCAGAAACGCUUAUUAAAUGGACAAAACCCAUCGAACCUCCUUCGAUUCUUCCUCCACAAACUUCUCGACCAGCGAACAUGGACCAAGAAAAAGAAAAAGAGGAUAAAGAUGAUGAUAAAUCAGACUCAUAAUUUUAACUCUAAUCAUUACCAUUUGGUUAACUAAUCAUUUCCAAUUUAUACCAUCACAUGUAUUUUUUUAUAAGUUAUUUCUAAUCCCUUUUUAAAUCAAAUCAAAUCAAAUCAAACUAAGAAAAUCUUAAAGAAAAGUGAAUAGUUAAAAAACGAACCAACGUUUUUGUUGUUCUAGUCAUUUUAAUGAGAAAAAAAUAAGCUGAUAUCAAAUUAAAUUGUUAAUUCGUUUCCAAAAUUAACCAUGUAAAAUUA